UCACAAAUUAUCAACAUGUGACUCCUGUGUUGCCCAAAUUUGAUAGUUAUUUAAAAUAUGGCAUCGGCAACAGAGCGCCAGGCGCUCAUUAGGCAACAUAACAACCUCAAAAGGGAUCUACAAAGUAUACACGAAGAAAUAAGAAAACUUGAACAUGCGAAUGAAUACCUAAGAAGAACAAAUGCCGACAUGAAACUAAGAUUAGAAAGUACACAGGAAUGUGAAGAACAAUCGUACAAUGGGAAUGCUGGAUAUAAACUAAGUAUAAUAGGAUCGCUCUCACAAGCAACAGCUGCAGUAGUAGCCGCAACAACGGAAAUACCUAAACAAACGCUAAACUUGAUAGACGAUUUUACAAAGGAAGAACACUACUUCCAAGAAAACAAAAAUCGCAGAAUGGACCAUGUACUACAAACAAUACUCAAAAGAUCUGAAAUGAUGGGACCAUCAACACCAAGCCUCUCCCGUAAGGAAUCAGAAGCAGAGUCAGAUAACGCCAUGUCAAGCGCUGAUAUGUCGUCAUAUAAACCAAUGAUAACCACGCAAACAGAUAGCCACGACUCCAUAUUGUCGUGAACGUAGAUAUAUACCCAUAUCGCAAAGCAUAAAGUAAGAGA